CCCGGAGAGCUCACCCUGGGCUAGAGACCGUGUCUGCAGCUCCGUAAGCCCCGGCUCUCCACUUGCUCCUGGCCGCAAUGUCCCAGGUCCUACCUUAUAACGAAGAGAAGAUUGCGCAUUAUGGUGAAGAGGUGGGUCAGAUCUCCUUCACCUGCCGCCUGCAGGACACUAACAACUACUUUGGAGCAGGCCAGAACAAACGGGCACCCAAACUGGGUCAGAUUGGGAGAAGUAAGCGAGUGGUCAUCGAAGAUGAUAGAAUUGAUGAUGUGCUGAAAAAUAUGAACGACAAGUCCCCUCCGGGUGUUUAAAAAUGCCGAAAUAUUGUGUCGAUCAACAACACACACAAAUUCAAACAAGUCCCACCUUUUCGUUGGCGAGAAAAGCACUUUGAGAUGCAGAACUAACCUUUUCUUAUAAAAGCUGUGAUACACAAUGCUAAAAAAACAAACUAUUGUAUCUGACGCUGGGAGGCAAGGUGUGAGGCCAGUCCCGAGAGGGAGUGAAGGAGUGAGGAAUGUUGGUCCAAAAUUAAACCUUCCAAGGCCAUGUGCAACAAUGAAUUGUUCUUGACCGCUCAGAGCAACAUGGAAUGUGCAGAUGUCAGGGCAAGCCGGAAAAGGAGCGGGAGAACGAUGUAGCAAGCACAUACUGUCUAUCGAUCAAACCUUUGUAUUGUCUUGCCAGCAGCUAUCUUGUUAUGAAUGGAGCACCUUGUUUACAUUAUCUCGCGAAUACUGUAAUUCUGUGCACUUUGGAUGUAAAAUAUUAUUUUUAUUCUCCUUUAUUGCAGUGUUGGGAAUUGUUUAAGACAAAAACAUAUUUUCUAGGAAUGGAGAAAUAUUGUUUCAUUUUGAGCUCAGAUGUGUGUGCAGCUUGGUUUGAUUUCUUAUUGCAUUGACUGCGGCCUGCUGCGUUGGAAGUGAGACCUUCCCUAUUUUCGGAUUUAUAAACCAUAAUGUAUCCUACAGUGAGAUCGAUAGAAGAUGUUUUGUUAUCGUGGCAGUAAUAUACUUUCUAUAUUGUAUGAAGCAUCAUCACGAUAGUGCCAAAUAUCUUGAGGACGCCAAAAAAAGGCAACCAGUUUCUUUCUGCUCUCUGUGAAUGUAUUCAGUAACGCUACUUGGCUGCCAUUUUUUAUGUUAAAGGACUAAAUUCUUCUUUGGUGAAUUUCUUGUUAUGCAUGACAGUAUGUGAGGCCGUCAAUAAAUAACUAAAAAUCUUGUCUGCAACUUUGAAUGACAGACCUCAAGAUUUUUUUCUGAA